AGUACUCAUAUUAAUAGGGGUACAUCUCCACUCUAUCUAGCAUCAUGGACCUGCCGAGGAGAUAAUACAGUAGUAGUCCCUUUUAGCCACGGCUGGAAGAUGUACAUAUUUCUAUGAAGACUAGAAAGAUCAUCUCUCUCCCCUUUUUCAUUUUCUUUUGGCUACCCCUGGUACUCCGUAAUUUGAGGCCGGAAUAUAAUCCCGCCAGUAUAGAGAGAGUCCCGAGAACCAGGGAGAUGGUGAUUAGCCUUCCCACUAUUGUCCGCGGAAUGUUCGAUUUCUUCCGGUUGGAGUAAGAAAUGACUGGUAGGAUAUCAUAA